UUGUGUUUAUCUGAUUUAUAAAUUGUAACAAAAUUUGAAGUCCUCAAAUGGUUGCGUCUUAAUCAAAUUUAACUUAGAAAACCUUCCUUCUUUAACCAAAAUUAUUUAAGUUGUCUAAAAAUAGUAUUAAUGUCUUAAAUGAACUGUGAAGUGUUUCAAAAUUUAGAAGUUAGGACUUCGACGCUUUCUUUCUUAAUGACCAGGAUCCUGUCUAGCAACUUGUUGAUCCUUGGACUGAUUCGGUUUUAUUACGAUAUGGUGGGGACCAUAGCCUUGCUCUGUCUUUUGGGAUUUGGUGUCCUAGACUACGGAUACUGCAUCCACGGAUGCGACCUUCUCUGGUGGCGCCAAAUAGUGAUGCUGGAGGAGAUCACUCCACUGUCUACCAUGUUGCAUAUCGUUUGUAUCAAAGCAGUCCUUAUUUUGGGACUUGCGUUGUGGAGCUACAACAGAACAGAAGAAUCUAAAGAGCAUCUUCAAACGCAUAAGGACAUGCCAAUCGCUUAUGUUCGUAGGCGAUACUGUCGUUUCCUCGUAAUGCGUCUGCUGGCGUCCUUGGACAUGCUUAUAUACAACCAACCUCGAUUGAAGGACUUCUCCCUACGGCACAAGGACCUUAACGAUGCAGUGGAACUCUUUCGCUGGGAGGCCCGAAGGCUCUUCGAACGAACGGAACUGCAACUCCGUCUGCCCCUCCACGAAGUCUUUCCUGUAGAAGAUCUGCAAGAAGAGAAGCUCCUCCAGCUGGGAUACGGAGAGAAUUUACAACAGCUGCGGGAGCUGGACAUUCACAUGAUGGUCUACGGGACCUGAGGGGGAAUCAGGGAUGGUAUGGUUGCCAACCGCUUUACCAGUUGCCAAACUUUUUAAUUGGAUUUCGGCAACAAUCCUUGGGCUGGCUGUUGUUAAUUUCACUUUGCCAACAUGUUAAUUUUAAUGCAGUACACGCAUGAGAGUGGGGGUCCAAAGUCCCCAAAGUGCCAAGUCCUCCCUUCCUCUGAUAACUUCGUUGUAGUGUGGAUGGAGUACAAUGGAUGGUUGGAUGGAGUAUAUGGCGUCCCCGAUGGCGGCUUGGCAUUCUUUUGAGCUAAAGUUGUAACACAUUAAAUCAAUGUGUUAUUUUAUAAAAAUACAAAGUUCUGUAAGCUUUAUUUAACUUAACGGAACUAGGUUUUUUUUUUAUUUCUUAGAAAUAUAUUUUAAA